AUCCGGCUUUAGUUUAACGGUCGGUGAAGUCAGUCGUCGGUUCCUGGUUGUGGUCUUGUCGAAAAGUGUGAUCUUUCGGGGGUUGUAGCAAUUGUUAAUCUUGGAUAGACUUCGGAAGUCUUCCUUAUGACGUUCGAGGAGUUCUGUGGCGGUCCUUUAUGGGAUGGCCAACUGGAGUGGCGUCGAGAGAAUCCGGACUUGACGUUUUGCUUCCAGCGGAUCAUACUGCAGUGGGUUCCUAGCUUCUUCAUUUUCGUUUUUGUAUUUUAUGAAGUGUACAAAUAUGGAGCCAGUCGAUACAGGGAUAUCCCAUGGAAUUGGUACAAUCUCACGAAAAUGGCCUCAACUGCUGCUCUGAUGAUAAUCAGUUUCGUUGAUCUAGGCUUUGUGGUUCAACACAAGGAAGAUCAACAGCUGUUCGACGUUCAGAUCGUUACGGCUGUUUUGAACGCUUUGUCUUAUGGCGUGGUGGUGGCGAUGUACCAUUUCCAACGAAAGUACGGUAUUCGAAGCUCGGGAACCAUCUUCGUCUUCUGGUUUAUGCGAAUGUUCCUGGGAAUUUUCCAGCUUCGAACGGAAGUCAACAAUAAAGAACUUCGUGGCGAUCCUGCCGGAGACACCAUCAACUAUUGGGAGUACCAAUACAUAAGCUACAUCGUGCAGUACGCACUGAUCUGCCUAGUAUUGGUGCUGGAGCUCUUCAUCGACAAAGAACCCCAAUACAGCGACUACCCGGAGGCCAAGUACCCGAAUCCAGAACUGCGUUCCAGCUUCUUCGUUCGGCUGUUUUUCCUGUACUUUGAUUCGUUCGCAUGGCGAGGAUUCCGCAACCCUCUCACGAUGGACGAUAUGCACGACAUCAACCCACAGGAUGCCUCCCGGGAAUUGGUUCCUCCGUUCGAUAAGUACUGGUACGAAAGUGUCGACAAGGGAUGGCAGAAGCAGCGAACCAAGGACAAGAAGGAAGGAAAGACGGACCUCGAAUACAAGGCAUACGGGCAGACCAGUGGAUCGGUACUGCCAGCAAUCGUCAAGGCUUACGGAGCACCUUUCUGGUUUGCCGGUAUCUUCCAGCUGGUCAUCAGUGGGCUACAGUUUGCUUCGCCGUACCUUAUGCAGGAGCUCAUGAAAUGGAUAGCCUUUGAUGGCCCGAUGUGGCAAGGAAUCAUUCUUACCUUCGGAUUGUUCGGAACAAAUCUGUUGAUCGCUCUUCUCAACGGCCAGUACUUCUACUACACCUUCCUGACCGGAUUCCGCAUUCGGACGGGUUUGAUCAGCGGCAUCUACCGUAAGGCCUUGCGAAUCUCCAGUUUCGCCAAAAAAGACACCACCGUUGGGGAGAUCGUCAAUCUGAUGGCUGUGGACGCGCAACGGUUCUUCGAGUUGACCUCUUAUCUGCAUAUUUUGUGGUCUGGACCGUUGAUCAUAGGGCUGUGCCUGUAUUUGCUUUAUGAAAUCUUGGGCGUGGCCGUUUUUGCCGGGUUGGGAGUGAUGAUUUUGAUUACGCCGGUUUCCGGUGUGAUGGCUACACAGUUGAGGGAUUUGCAGGUCGAGCAGAUGAAGUUCAAGGAUGAUCGUGUCAAGAAGAUGAACGAAAUUUUGGGUGGCAUUAAGGUGUUGAAGCUGUACGCCUGGGAAAAGAGCUUCCAGGAAUCGAUCAUGGCUGUGCGUGAUAAGGAGAUCAGUAUUCUGAAGAAGAUGGCGUAUUAUGGAGCUGGAGUUUACUUCACGUUUACGAUCGCUCCGUUUUUGGUGACGCUUGUAUCGUUUGCCGUUUAUGUGUUGAUCGAUGAGAAUAAUCACCUGGAUGCCCAAACAGCGUUUGUGUCCCUGGCCCUGUUUAACAUUCUUAGAUUCCCACUGGGUUGGUUGCCGAUGAUGGUCACAUUUGCGAUGCAAGCUUGGGUGUCGAUCAAGCGUAUCGACAAGUUUAUGAACAGUGCCGAACUGAAUCCGAACAAUGUACUACACGAACAGAGCGAAGAUGCCAUUUCGAUCAAAGACGGUACCUUUUCAUGGGGUGAUGAGGAUCCGAUACUAAAGAACAUCCAUUUGGCGUUGCGUCGUCGACAGUUGUCAGCUAUUGUAGGGGGCGUUGGAUCAGGUAAGAGUUCGCUGAUCGCUGCCUUGCUAGGUGAGAUGGAGAAGAUCAAGGGAACGGUGAACACUGAUGGAUCGAUUGCCUACGUUCCACAACAAGCGUGGAUCCAGAAUGCCACCCUAAGGGAUAAUAUUGUGUUUGGGAAAACUUUUGAUCUGAACAAGUAUGAUCGUGUCAUUGAAUGUUGCGCGUUGAAACCAGAUUUAGAGAUGCUUCCGGGAGGAGAUCAAACAGAGAUCGGUGAAAAGGGUAUCAAUUUGUCCGGAGGACAGAAACAACGUGUGGCUUUGGCCCGAGCCGUCUAUGCGGACGCAGAUAUUUAUCUUUUUGAUGAUCCGCUCAGCGCUGUAGACGCUCACGUUGGGAAGCACAUAUUCGAAAAGGUCAUUGGACCACAGGGAAUGUUGACAAGCAAGACUCGAUUGCUGGUGACCCACGGAGUUUCCUUCCUACCCCACGUUGAGAACAUCUACGUUGUGAAGGAUGGAGAAAUAACCGAAAGCGGUUCCUAUCAACAGUUGCUGGAUCAGAAGGGAGCCUUUGCCGAAUUUCUAACCCAGCACAUUCAAGAUUUAGACGAGGAGGACGAAGAGCUUCAACUGCUGCAGCAAACCCUGAAAGACGAAGCCGGCAAACAAAUUCUUCAACGAGCCAUAUCGGUUCGAUCGAAUCACUCGGACGAGGCUUCCGAAAAGAGGAAGAUCAGUCGACAGGAGUCGCGACUCAGUGCCAAGGAGUCCAAGGCUGCUCAACCGGUUGAUCUUUCGACACUGAUCGAGAAGGAAGAAUCGGCAACAGGAGCCGUGACGGUAACCGUUUACCUCAAGUACAUAAAGGCAAUUGGCCUGCAGCUGGGAUUUUGGGCAAUCGUCUUCAGUGUGAUUACGCAAGGAAGCGGAAUCUAUUCCAGCAUUUGGUUAACGGACUGGUCCGAAGAUCCAGAAGCAAUAACAGACACUUCGGUGCGAGACAUGUAUUUGGGCAUCUACGGAGCUCUGGGAGGAAUUCAAUCGAUUGCACUCUUUAUCAGCUCUGUGGUUCUUGGUUUGGGUUGCUUGAAAGCCGCUAAGGAUUUGCACAACAAUCUACUGGAAAGUGCAAUGAAGAUGCCGAUGUCCUUCUUUGACACAACUCCAUUGGGAAGAAUCAUCAAUCGAUUUUCGAAAGAUGUCGACGUCAUGGAUAACGUUCUACCGGCGACCAUUCGAGCUUGGCUGUAUUUCCUGUUCACUGUUAUUGGAGUAUUUGUGGUAAUCGGUACGUCGACACCGAUUUUCCUUGCAGUAGUUCCACCGCUGUUGAUUAUCUACUACUUCGUCCAGAAGAUUUUCAUCGCAACAACUCGUCAGAUGAAACGACUGGAGUCGGUGACGAGAAGUCCAAUAUAUUCCCACUUCGGUGAAAGUAUUAAUGGCCAAUCGACGAUUCGGGCGUACAACGAACAGAAGCGCUUCAUCAAGGAGUCGGAAGAUAAAGUGGACCACAACCAGAAGGUUUCCUACCCCACGAUUACGGCCAAUCGGUGGUUGGGCAUCCGGUUGGAGAUGGUGGGCAGUUUCGUAAUCCUAUUUGCUGCUCUAUUCGCCGUACUUGCUAAGGACACGAUCGGACCGGCUACGGUAGGUUUGUCCAUUAGCUACGCGUUGCAGAUCUCCGCGACCCUUAGCUUCAUGGUUCGAAUGACGGCUGAAGUGGAAACGAACAUCGUAGCUGUUGAACGAUUAGAAGAAUAUACCGUUUUACCUCGGGAAGCCGAAUGGCAAAAGGGAACAGUUGAUAAAACUUGGCCAGCAGAAGGAAAGGUGGAGUUCAAGGACUUCAAAAUUCGCUACCGGGAAGGUUUGGACCUGGUUAUCAAAGGAAUUUCUAUUGCUGUUAGUGGUGGAGAAAAGAUCGGUAUCGUAGGACGAACUGGAGCAGGAAAAUCAAGUUUGACGCUUGGUUUGUUCCGAAUUGUUGAAGCUGCAGGGGGUCAAAUUAUCAUCGACGGUGUUGACAUCUCGAAGAUCGGUCUCCAUCAACUGCGUGGUCGAUUAACAAUCAUUCCACAGGAUCCCGUUCUAUUCUCCGGAAGUCUCCGCAUGAACAUCGAUCCAUUCGGAACGUAUUCAGAUGAUUUGGUUUGGAAGGCACUCGAACUGUCUCACCUGAAGUCUUUCGUGAAAGGUUUGCCAGCCGGUCUUGAACAUGAGAUCGCAGAAAACGGAGAAAAUCUUUCCGUCGGACAACGACAACUCGUUUGCCUGGCUAGAGCAGUGCUACGAAAAACGAAAGUUUUGAUUCUUGACGAAGCAACCGCUGCCGUCGACUUGGAAACCGACGAUUUGAUUCAGAAAACAAUUCGGACGGAGUUUGCAGAUUGUACCAUUUUGACAAUUGCUCAUCGACUUAACACCAUCAUCGAUUCGGAUCGGGUGCUGGUGCUAGAUAAGGGAUUGGUAGCAGAAUGUGACAGUCCGCAGAAUCUUCUUGGGGACAAAAAUUCUAUCUUCUACGGAAUGGCCAAGAAUGCGGGUAUUGUAAGUUGA